UUGCGGGAAGCUGCAGCCGCCGCCGCCGAGGGCCACCAUGGCUGGCGGGGCGAGCUCCGCGCUCUCGGAGUCCGGCUGCUUGGUUUCAACCCAGUACUGAGCAGCUUUCCAGCUCCUGAAAAAUAGAUUCCAAACCAAAGACCUCCUAGAGACGUCCAUUUGCAGUUGCAGGUCCAUGUGGUGAUCACAUUUGAUGAUGACUUAUAAGUCCAACAGCCAUAGCACCACUAAUAAACCUUUUAUGAACUGUAAAUACUCAAGGUAUCUUUCAGAUGAAGGAAUUGAAGCUUGCACAAAUUCUUCUGACAAAGUCAAUAUAAGUGACGUUAUCCUGAUUGCCCUUAAUACAGAUUUAAGAACUAUUGGCAAGAAAUUCCUCCCCAGUGACAUCAAUGGUGGAAAGGUGGAAAAGCUAGAAGGCCCAUGUGUCCUGCAGAUACAAAAAAUACGCAAUGUUGCUGCACCAAAGGAUAAUGAAGAAUCUCAAGCUGCUCCCAGAAUGCUGCGUUUGCAGAUGACUGAUGGACACACAAACUGCACAGCAAUAGAAUAUAAUUACAUGCCAAAAAUAAGCCUGAACACACCACCUGGAACAAAAAUUAAGCUGUCAGGAAUUGUUGAAGUGAAAAAUGGAUUUCUGCUUUUGGAUGACAAUAACACUGUCGUUCUCGGCGGUGAAGUGGAUCAUCUUAUAGAAAAGUGGGAGUUACAAAGGAGUUUAUCAAAACACAAUAGAAGUAACAUUGGAACAGAAGGUGGACCACCCCCUUUUGUGCCAUUUGGGCAGAAAUGUGUGUCUUCUGUGCAAGUGGACAGCAGGGAACUUGAUCAGAGAAAAACUCUGCAAAUGAUGAGUACUGCUAAGCCUGUUGGAGACAAUGAUGAAUUUGAAAAACAGAGAACAGCUGCUAUUGCAGAAGUAGCAAAGAGCAAGGAGACCAAGACAUUUGGAGGAGGCGGUGGCAGUACUAGAAGCAAUCUUAAUGUGAGUGCUGGAGGGAAUCGAAACAGGGAAGUGUUCCAGAAAGAAAAGAUAACAAAACCUGAGGGGAAAAAUGAAGGUGUCUAUCGUGAACUGGUUGAUGAAAAGGCUCUAAAGCACAUAACAGAAAUGGGUUUCAGUAAAGAAGCAGCAAGGCAGGCGCUUAUGGAUAAUAGCAACAGCCUAGAAGCAGCAUUAAAUUUUCUUCUAAACAGCAGUAAACAGAAACCUAUCCAGGGACCACCUAGAGGGAAAGGAAAGGGCAGAGGCCGACUAAGACCUGAAGAUGAAGAGGAACUAGGAAAUGCCAGACCUUCUGCACCCAGCACACUGUUUGACUUCUUAGAGUCCAAAAUGGGUACUCUGACAAUAGAAGAACCAAAAUCACAGUCUCAUCCACUGCAUCAAGUGCAACACAGAGUGCUCAGUAUAGAGCAGAAUGGCAUAAAAGACUACACCCAUCCAAGACAUCUUCCUCGAAAUGAUACUCGACAGCCAAGAAAUGAGAAACCCCCUCGUUUUCAAAGGGACAUUCAGAAUUCAAGACAGUUUUUGGAAAGUAGUGGCUUACCAAGAAACAGAGGUCCUGAAAAACACAGCUCUUUAGGACCAGAGCAAUGGACUGAGGAUAAAAAUAAGUGUGAUAGACUUUAUCCAAGGAAUGAUAGGCUAAAGGAUAUUGGUCAUCCCUCAGCCAUUCACCAGAGUGAUGUUUCUUUUAAAAAGAGGGAUAAUGCUAUGCAAAACAGACUAGGAAAAGGGGCUGCAUUCAUGGAAUUGAGAGAGAAUUCCAGUGUUCAAGAUGCCGAUGAUGAUGAUCAGAAACGAGGAAAAAAGGAAAACCAAAUACAUAAUCCUGACAAUUUUUAUGACAGGAAAACACGAACAAUAAGUAAUGAAACUUUCAGUUUAAAAAAUGAGCAACGUUUUGGUAUGAAUAGUGACUACAAGAAUCCUAUUAGAACUGAUAGUUUUAAUGUUUUACCAAAUGGAGACACUGAAUAUCCACAGAAAGGAAGACGAGUAGGACCUAUUAAAUCACCAGGACCCAAUGUUGCUCCACUUUUUGAAGGCAAAAUGUUGUAUUAUAACGCUGAUCCGAAAAGGAGAUCUGGGCCCAUAAAGCCAGAAAAAAUAUUGGAACCGUCUAUUCCUGUGGAGUAUGGUAAAAGCUGGAGGCCAAAGGAUGAAUGUUUUGCUCUUUAUUGGGAAGACAACAAGUUUUAUCGGGCAGAAAUUGAAGCUCUUCAUUCUUCUGGAACAACUGCAGUUGUUAAAUUCUGUGAUUAUGGAAACUAUGAAGAGGUGCUACUAAGCAACAUCAGGCCCAUUCACGCAGAGGCAUGGGAGGAGGAGGAAGAUGGUUAUGAACAAACUCUAGAGUUCCGCAGAGGAGGUGAUGGUCAGCCAAGGCGGUCCACACGACCAACCCAACAGUUUUAUCAACCCCCAAGGGCUAGAAACUGAUACGAAAAAUAAAAGCAAAGUUUUUAUGGGGGAAAAAGUCAUCGACAACCCCCCAGUGCUCGAGACUUCUAGAAGAACUUCUGGUUUUUCCUGAGGAACAGAAUACAAGAAAGACGUCUGGUGUGAUCAAGAGGAAUCCAGAGCUGAUCAGCACACAAGACUUUUUUUAACGUUCUUAGUUGUAUGAAGCAAAAUACUUUUUACAUAUGAAAAAAGCAAAUUGUUAUUGCUGCCAUCAAUAAACCCACGGUGCACUA